AUUUACUCCAUGAUCUGGGGAGCAUCUAACCUCACUUUUUUGUACUAUUAACCUCGAAAACAGUAAACGAAACCACAAAUUAAUUGAUUAAUAAUAAUAUUAAUCUGUAACGAAACAAUUAUUGCAGAGUUGCAUCAAUUGCAUCUACAGAUUGUCUCGAGAGUGUUUUUUGUGAUAAAUUUCCAGGGGGCUGCCUUGUCUUCCAUACUCCAGGAUAUAAUCAAGUCAAGAUGGCCAUAUUGAGACAAUUAUUAACCAAAGCAAUGAAGCCAGAAAUAUUGCAAGCCCCCGAAAUUGGAAAAACCGAUUUUGACAAUUUGUGUCUCGCUUGUUUAUCCAAAGAUUGUCUCAGGAAUGUUUUUGUGAUAACAUACGAGGGGGCUGCCUUAAUAUCACUACUCGAGGAUUUACUCAACUUUCACGUCGCAGCAGGCGAUGACUUGCCUAAAAAAAUCUGCAAAAAAUGCGUCGAAGAAAUCAUCCAGUUUUACGUCUUUAAAAAACGAUUUAACGAAACUCAAACAAAGCUACAAAGAGUUUUGAUAGAAAAGGAUGAUAAAGUAGUUUCAUCUAAUGGACAACUUUCACGUGAUGAAGAAUUUAUUGUUAAAGACAGUGAUGUAGAAAAUGAAGUUUUUGUGUUGAGUAGUGAUACUGAAGAUGAUGCACUUAGGAACUUUUAUGGGAUUCCCAAAGACUUAAACAUUGUGUUUGUCGAUAUUGAAACGGCAAAGAAGGAAUUAAAUAGCGAAGGAUUUGUUUUAAAGCAUUUGGAACAAGAUGGAGAAGUUGAGACAAUUGUUUGUACCUGUGAUGGAGCAUCUCAGUGCUUAUAUCAUUUGAAAGUAAAAGAACAAGAAAUUUCCAAAGUAGAAGUUGAAACAGUUGUUCCCAUUCUAGACUUAAAUCAUUCAAGCAUUAAAGAUAAACCAGAAGAAAAAGAAGUUGAAACAAUUGUCUCCACCUCUAGGAAAUCUUCUCCAAACUUAAAUAAUUCAAACAGUGAAGAUAAAGAGCAAGAAAUUCCGGAACAAUUCAAGUGUAACAUUUGUGACAAAAUAUUCAAUUUAAGAGUAAAGAAGCAACAUCUUCGUACACAUAACAUAAAAGAGAAACCUCCCACUUGUCAAAUUUGUUCUCGUGUAUUUCGUUUUAGAAAACAUUUAAGGGAACAUAUGAGAGUACACACGGGGGAAAAACCGUUUGUUUGUGAAUUCUGUGGUUUGAGAUUUACACAAAAUUGUAGUCUAAAGUCACACUUUCUACUACAUACAGGAGAAAAGCCGUACGUUUGUGAAUUCUGUGGUCGCAGUUUUUCACGAAAGGACUAUCUAACUGAACACCUACAUCGCCAUACAGGAAAAAAACAAUAUGUGUGUGAAUGUUGCGGUAACGGUUUCAUAACUAAUCCAAUGUUAAAAAAGCAUCUACUUGUACACAAUAUAGGGUACGUUUGUGAAUUUUGUUCGAAAGCUUUCCGAUAUGAGAAAUCACUUAAUUCACACAAACAAAAUAGACAUUCGGAGGAAAAACCGUUUACUUGUACACACUGUAACAAUAGAUUUUGCACCAUAUUGGCACUUACAAACCAUCUGAAAACUCAUGGUAUUCAACGUGAAAUCCAGCAAAGUGAGAACUUGUGUCAAAUUUGUGAUAAGGAAUUUUUCUCAAAACACAGAUUAAAAUCACACUUGUUGAAUCACGGAAACCAAAAGUUCAUAACUCGCGGAAACCAAAAGUUGUCAACUCGCGGAAACCAAAAGUUGUUGAUUCACGGAGACCAGAAGUUUUCCUGUACCUCUUGCGAUAAGAAGUUUUACACUCAAGCUCAACUCACGAUACAUAAUAGAGUCCAUACAGGAGAAAAAGAAAACCUUUGUAAAUAUUGUGGUCAAAUAUUCACCAGUGGGAAUGGACUUCUACAGCAUAUGUAUCUCCAUACUGGCGAAAAACCAUACGAAUGUAAAAUUUGCGAUAAAGCUUUUGUCCAGAGUCAUCAUUUAAAACAUCAUAUGAUGGUUCAUACUGAUGAAAAACCCUAUGCGUGCACACAUUGUGACAAACAAUUUAGAAGCAAAUUUAACUUGGAAUGUCAUGUCAGGCUUCAUACGGGGGAAAAACCGUUUAAAUGUGACACCUGUUCCAAAGCGUUCCGAAACCCGAUUUAUCUCGGAAGGCAUAAGAAGAAGGCACAUUAAGACAAUUUUGCAUAAAAUAAAAAUGUAUUGUCUUGUGGGUGUUUCUAAUUUCUUUCCUGUACGAGAAAUAACUAAUACAAUUUUAUUAAAAUUG